AGAAAUCGUAUUUCAACACAUUCAAUACUCAGAUCUAUCUACCUUUCAAAUGAUGUUUAAGAGAUGGUGUUUUAUUGUUUAAAACUUCAAAGCUGCAUACGUGUUUAGUCAAAAGAGCUACAUUUUUAAUUUAUAUUGAAUCAGGUGACAAUUAUUGAAUGUUCAGACAUCAGAAUUUUCAGAAUUUUUGAUCAGACAUAAAUUAAGGCAUUAAAGCUUUCGUUGUUUACAUUACAUUUGACUCUACUGUACUUCAUUGUAACUUGUUAAAUGAAUAAAUAUAUACUGUAUACAGUAAUCUUAAAUAGUUAUACAGUACAAACACAUCACUUUUAUACACCCUUAUAAGGCAAGAAAAUGUGCUUCAACAAAUUCAGGAUGUGGCUGUUGUGUUUUUGCUAUACUGCUUCAAAUAAAUUUGUUCACCAACAAUGUUCCGAUAUAACCUGAUUUUAAAUAAAUCUCCUCAAAUGAUUAACAAUUAUCAUCAAAGCAGUCUUAAUACAGUCUUAAGGUUUUUUCUCUGACCAUUUCCACAAUGUUGUCAGGUGUAUUCUGUUGAUUCAUGUCUUUUAUUUUGAAAUGUUAGUUCCUGGUUCAUGUCAUGUGUUCCUGUUUCCCUUGUCAUGUGAUUCCUGUUUUCCCUCCAUGUUCUUGUGUCAUGUUUUCAUUGGAUUAUUGUUUAAUUAGUUUGUUAUGAGUUCUGUUUGUUCAUUGGUUUAUGUUCUCCCAUAUCUUGUAUUUAAGCCCUCAUGUUUUCAUUGUCUGUGUUUGUCUGCGUUUGUCAAGCCAAGGUCAUGUCCAUGUCCAUGUCCAUGUCCAUGUCCAUGUCCAUGUCCAUGUCCAUGUCCAUGUCCAUGUCCAUGUCCAUGUCCAUGUCCAUGUCCAUGUCCUGUUUUGUAGUCAGGGUUAUGGAUUUCACGUUCUGUAAAUAAACUGCACUUGGGUUCUUCAUCUUCACGUUUUCGUCAUCGUCAUCAUUGUCAGCAGUUCCAGCAAACGUUACAGAAUACUCGACCACUCCAUGGACCCAGCAGCUUUACUUCUGCGCUUACGUCAGGGGAAUUGUCCUCUGGAGGACUAUGUUGAGGACUUCUGCGGUCUAGCCAGCCAGGUAGACUUUAAUGAGGUUGCCCUCAAGGACUGUUUUAGAUUUGGACUGAAUGAGUCCAUUUCUUUUUUGAUGCCUGGCGGUCGCAGUUCCCUCAGCCUGGCUCAAUAUAUCGACCUCGCCCUACGAUUCAUCGGUUCCCUGUUCACUGUGGGGGAGGCGGAUCCCGAGCCAGAGUUCCACGACAUGGCCGCCGCCGAGCCAGAGUUCCACGACAUGGCCGCCGCCGAGCCAGAGUUCCACGACAUGGCCGCCGCCGAGCCAGAGUUCCACGACAUGGCCGCCGCCGAGCCAGAGUUCCACGACAUGGCCGCCGCCGAGCCAGAGUUCCACGUCACAGCGACGCCUCAGCCUGCUCCAUGCCACGUCACAGCGACACCUGAGCAGUGGGACCUGGAGAUGGUUCCCACCCUUAUACCCACCUUUAGUUCUCCUGAGCAGGCAAGGGGAACUUUCGACCCUCCGAUCCCGCCUGGACCCUCUGAGCCCUGGACUUCGCCUUGGCCUGUUGGUCCCUCGACAUUGCCUCAGCUCGGUGUUCCCUCGGCUUCACUACAGUCCUUCAGCCUGUCGGCUGUGCCGGGAUCCCUCGUCCCUCCGGCUCCUCCUUGGUCUGUCGGUCACCUGGCUCCGCUUUGGCUCUCUGAUCCUCUGGCUGCGCCUCGUCCCUCCAAUCUGUUGGCUUCACUGGGGACCUCCUUCCCUACGGCUCCACCUUGGUCCUCAGUCUCACCGGCUCCACUUCAGUCUUCCGAUCCCUCAGCUCCACCUUGCUCCUUCGAGCCUCCAGCACCGCCUUGGUCCUCCCUGCCAUCAGCUCCACCCUGGCCCUUCGAGUCUUCGGCUACUCUCCGGGCACCACGUUCCAUGGCUCCGCCCCUCGUGCCUCUCACGGCUCCACCUUCCAUGGCUUCACCACCCACGGACUUUGCCCUGGUCCCAUGCCCCUCGACCUUUCUCGCCACACCCCACACCUCAAGACACCCCCCCCCCCCCCGGCUCCCUACAGAACUUUGAAUUUAUGUCAUGUGUUACAUGUAUUGUUUAUGUGUUGGGGCGUCAGGAGCCACCCCUUAGUGGGGGGGAUAUGUCAGGUGUAUUCUGUUGAUUCAUGUCUUUUAUUUUGAAAUGUUAGUUCCUGGUUCAUGUCAUGUGUUCCUGUUUCCCUUGUCAUGUGAUUCCUGUUUUCCCUCCAUGUUCUUGUGUCAUGUUUUCAUUGGAUUAUUGUUUAAUUAUUUUGUUAUGAGUUCUGUUUGUUCAUUGGUUUAUGUUCUCCCAUGUCUUGUAUUUAAGCCCUCAUGUUUUCAUUGUCUAGGUGGGAGUAUUGAAUGUGAUUGUAUGUGUUUGUCAAGCCAAGGUCAAGUCCAUGUUUUGUAGUCAGGGUUAUGGAUUUCACGUUCUGUAAAUAAACUGCACUUGGGUUCUUCACGUCAUCGUCAUCAUUGUCAGCAGUUCCAGCAAACGUUACAAAUGUUCAGUGUUGGGGAAGCUACUUUGAAACUGUAGUUUGACAAGCUACAAGCUACUCAUCAUUUUAAGUAGUUAAGCUACAGUCAAGCUACUCUUUUGAAAAAGUAGUUAGCUACACUACAAGUUACUAUGAAAAAGUAGCUAGCUACAUUGAAGCUACUUAAUGAGGCAAUUUUUUUUUAU